AGCAUCCGGCGCCGGUAGAGCAUGCGGUGAGCCUGAAGGCGCGUUGUGGCUGUUGGUGUUGUUGCGGCCUGUAAUUUGCGCCGGUCUGUUUGGGUCGUGUUCGCUUCAGAUAUUUUCCCACGGCCGUCGCGUGACCUUCGGAUCUGCUGUCUUAGUUCCAGCAUGUCAUCGGCGCAGCACUCGGACGACUUUUACAGCCAGGGCAAGGCCUACUGGGAGACAAUUCCAGCCACCGUAGAUGGCAUGCUGGGCGGCUACUCCGAGAUCAGCAGCACGGACAUUCACUCAUCAAAUCGGCUACUCAAGCAGUUCCAAGAGGACAAGGUGGCCCCUCUGGGAAGGCAGCGUGCAUUAGACUGCGGUGCUGGCAUUGGCCGCAUCACGAAGCACUUACUGCUGCCGCUGUUUGACACUGUUGACAUGGUGGAACAGAACCAGGCUUUUUUGGACCAAGCACGAACUUACAUUGGCCAUGGAUCAGAGCGUGUUGAGAACCUUUUCUGCCAAGGUCUGCAGGACUUUGCCCCCAAAGAAGGCUACUACGAUGUCAUCUGGUGCCAGUGGGUGACUGGACAUCUGACCGAUGCGGACCUGGUGUUGUUUGUGCAGCGGUGCCUCCGAGGCUUGCGUGACAAUGGCAUUUUUGUCAUCAAGGACAACAUCACACAAGACAGUAUUGAUGUUGACAACCGCGAUGGAAGCAUCACACGUCCCCGCAAGCUCUUCCUGCAGCUCUUUGAGAAAGCUGGCGCCCGUAUGCUUGCCGACCGCAAGCAGUACCGUUUUCCCAAAGGCUUGUAUGAAGUCAGGACGUUCGCCCUGAGGUGAUGGCACUGCAUGCAUGCCAAGUCAUGCCACUGUGUCGUUGCCUGCUGGUUAUUUGCUUUUUCAAAUGGGUUGCACAAAAUUAGACAUGAUGGUGACAGGAUCAUUACUGCUGGUCAUUGAAAAUACAGCAGGCGGCUCACAGCUUGGUUAAACAUCUGUUAUUCAAUGUGUGAUAUUGCGUGCAUUUUGCAUGCUCUCCCCAUUGUUCCUCCCUCCCCUCUUUCUGUGUUUGUCAUUGUUACUGUUCAAAUUGCUCUUUCUUGUUGACAAGGUUAGGACAAUGAUUGUGCAUCUGCGCUGCAGGCUUUCCUGCUCACUUUUAAACCAAGCGCCAGCUAAAAUAAUCCAAGCGGCAAAGAAAUAAUCUGAGUGCCAAACUAUUUCAUCUGUGUGCAAAACAUUUAAUCAUAGUGCCUAUGUAUGUAAGCCAAGCACCAACAGCUUUAAUUCAAGUGCCAGUCAAUUUCUUGCAUACACAAACAACCGCAUGUUCACAAACUUAUGUGGUCUAUAGGCCGAAGUACAGUUACUGAUAAGACGACAGCAGUAGAUAUUGUUGGUUGCCACAGCUAAUGCUGAUGAAGUGAAUGACUGCAGUAUUUUCACGGAAUGUUUUGCUUGUAAAACGUUAUUGAAAAAAGCAUCAUGAUUAAUUUACAUGGUCGGACACUAAAUGUACACACUCAAGCGCAGGUGGUACUGACAGGGCGAAGAGUUCAAUUGUAGCACCCAGUCUAUGCCUCGCGGCUAUUGCGAAAUUUUGGCACAUCAUGUACACCAUUAAUCACACUAGAUAGAUAGUAUUUACUGUCCUCUGCUAGUAGACAGCAUUAAGGGUGGCAGUUGCCUGUUGUACCUCAAGAGAACAAUGGUGGCUUGCUACCAUCGCUCUCUUGAAGAUCAAAGAAUAGUUACUACUAACUAUCCUUGCUUUCAUGUGCAAUGAUUUUUCCCAUAAAAGAAUCAACGCACAUACCAUUAAUGUAACUUGCAACACUGUGUUGCUAAAGCACACUUGCUUUACACACGUGUUUCCAGGGGAGAAUGUUUCCAGGUAGGAAGUAACUUGU